AUGGCAACCUGGAUGCUUACCUCGCUGCCAAAUUUCGAUUCCUCAAAAAAUGAAAUAAAGAAGUGGAGAGCAAAGGAUCACCCUAAGGAGACGGAGGAGCUGUUGAAGCUUAAAAGUAGGGUACAGGAACUCGACAUAGCUGCUGAAAAUAAUUCGUUAUCAGUGUUGGAAUUACAGGAGAGGAGACUUGGUGUUCAAAGGAUAAUUGAGCUUGAAAAAUUGGCUGUCCUUGACUUAAAAGAAAUGGCUAGAAUCCGAUGGACAGUCGAUGGAGAUGAGGAUACCCGUUUUUUCCACGGGUAUGUAAACAACAAGAAAAACAAGAACCACAUUCAUGGGUUGAUUAUCAAUGGAUCCUGGAACACUGAUGUGGCAGCAAUAAAAGGUGAAGUUCUCUCGUUCUAUCAAAAAAAAUUUCAAGAAAAGUGGCCUUCCAGGCCAAAACUCAUCAGUAGUGAAUUUAGUAUGCUCGAUCCGGCCUCUCGAUCAAAAAUUGAAGAGCCCUUCUCAACUGAAGAAAUAAAACGAGCUAUAUGGGCGUGUGGAGGGGAUAAGGCACCUGGCCCAGAUGGAUUCACCUUUGAUUUUAUUAAAAAAAUUUGGGAUGUAUUGAAGGGGGAUAUCAUGGAAUUCAUCAAAUACUUUGAGAUAUAUGGAACGUUGGAGCGGGGUUGA